AUGGGCCAAGCAGGGGCAGCCCCCGUGCUGGAUCCCCAGGCACUGCAGCGAGCGGAGCUUGGGGCCCGAGUCCUGCGGCAUUUGGCGGGCAUUGAUCAGAGCCCAGAGCUGGCAGACGGCAUCAAGGUGCUGCCCGUCCUGCUGGAGCCACCACGCGCCUGGCACACGCUGACCGCAGGGGUGGCAGAGCACGGGGUGGCGGCGUUCCGCGGCUCGCUGUCGCCGCGGCGCUACCCCAUCCCCCGCUUCCACACGCUUGCCCACUGCGCCUGCCAGCUCACCAGCAGCAGCGGCGGCAGGCGAUUUCGCGCCAAGCCCAUCAACCUGUUCCUGGCGCUCCUGUUUGAGCAGAUCCCGGCCGCCGUUGCGCUGGCGGGCCUCCCACCGGUGCGGCUCGACCGCUAUGACCUGCACCACGGCCACCUGUUGUAUGCGCCCAGCUGCGAGCAGCUGGGCCUGCUGCUGCACGCCCGCGAGUACCCCGCCACCCAUGCCGAGCGCUUUGACGUCAGCCUGGGCAACUGCCAGGCCGACAGCAGCCUGGAGUUUGAUGAGGCGGGCAUGGACCACAGGAACAUUGUGUGGAUUGGAGGGCGGCUGGCGUGCCUGGAUGUGUCGGCGCCAGCGCUGCGCCCUCUGCUGAUGCCGGGGCUGGAGCUGCCACGCACGGUGCUGGAGGCCGACCUGGGCCAGCCGCUGGCAGACGUGAACUUCUUCGGCGAGCUGGCGGGGCGGAAGAGCGCGGAGCGGCUGUUUGUGUGCGUGCCAGGGGACUGA